GUGAAAAUGCUGCCCUUAUAUUCAUCUUUUAAUAAAUGAUAUCGCAAUUUUAAUGUGAUAUCGCACUUAUAUUUUGAUGAAUUGACAAUUUUAUAAAGCGAACGUUUAUAUUGAUAUAACUAUAACAUACCUAUGGCAAAAAUGGGCACAGCUGGACAGAUAUUGCCACCUUCAUGCCCAGUGGAAUCCCAAUACAGUGAUGAAAAGCUACGAACUAAAUCGAACUGCGGGUCUGCUCAAACAGAAGCUAGCACAAUACCAAUUAUAUCGGCAAGUGAUCUAAAGGUGUUGAGUUCAACGCGAAUUCAAUCUAAUAUUCCAGGAAAAGAAUAUAAUUGGAUUUAUCCAUCAGAACGCCAAUUCUUCAGAUCAAGUCUUGCAAAAGGUCAUCAAGUGGAAGCAAAAGUCAUCCCUACUGUAGUUAAAAUACAUAAUGCAAUAAAUGAAAAGGCGUGGGAACGGAUCAUAGAAUAUGAAGAUCUGCACGCUGAGCAUUGCGAAAAACCUGUGCUGGCACAUUUCAUAGGUAAAAAAGAUGAACUUUCAAUGAGAGCUAGACUGAAGCACUUCAUGGGAUACAAGCUCCCGUAUGACAGGCAUGAUUGGACGGUAGAUAGAUGUGGUAAACAAGUAAGAUAUAUCAUUGAUUUUUAUGAAGGCAAAGCACCUAACAAUGAACCUGUAGCAGUGUAUAUGGAUGUUAGACCUGCAUUAACUUUGGAAGGCAUUAUAGACAGAGCACGUCUAUGGUUUAAAAAGAAAUGGAAUUGACGUACAGUUUUACUAGACAAAGAAUAUAACAAAC